CUCCAUCUCCAACCUGGUUGAGCCGAACCAUUCCAUUCCUCCAUUCCCCAGCACACACCUAGAUCCAGCAACCACACCAUGGCAGCAGCGCCGCCGGCGCUCCCGGACGAGCAAGAUCAUCCUCCUCCUCCGCCUCCCACCCGACGACCCGGUCUGCCUCCUCCGCGCCUCCCUCGUCUGCAAGGCCUGGGGUUGCGUCGUCUCCCGCCCCGGAUUCCGCCGCCGCCUCCACGAGCUCCACUGGGCACCCCCCCGUGCUCGGCUUCCUCCUCCAGGACUGGAGAAACAAGCGCGUCCCCCGCUUCAACCCCAUCACCGCUUCGUCCUUCUCCCUCGCCGUACCAGAGUCUGCGCAACAAGCCUGCUGACAUCCGCGUCGCUUCCAGUGACUGUAGCAGCCAAGAAGGAGCUGCCUGUUUGUGGGGGCGGGUCUCAAGACGGAGCUAUUUGGGCUUGAAGGAGUUCAUUGCCCCCCUCCGUGUGGACUGAUUAACACUUCUUCAAAGGGACAGCUAGGUACCCCCUUUUUUAAUUUAUGUUUUCAGUUUGUGUCAUCUUUAUGUCAGUCAAAUUCAGUUUUCCUUUCAGUCUUCUUAGUCUCAAGUUUUAGUAUCCUUAUUAGUUUGAGUGUUGCUCCACUGGUGAUUCAAAAAUAUUCAUGAAUUUGGAAAAAGUUUGCAGAUUUCAGAAAAGGUUCAUGAAUUUUUUUUAAGUCUUGGAUUAAAAAAAUUCAUGGGUUUGAUUUUUUUCAUGAAUUGGAAAAAGUGCGCGCAUUUGAAUCCUCUGCAAAAUUGAAAAAAGUUCAUGAGUUGAAAAAUUGUACAUGAAUUUAAAAAAACAUGGAUUUGAAACAAGUUCACGGGUUUUGAAAAAAGGUUAAUGAAUUUGUAAAAAGUUCAUGGCGAUCGGGCAUGGACGGGGGCAGUGCAACUCUAGCACAGACAGGGAGUCAAUAGUUGGAUGCAGAAUGGGCGACCAGAUUCUAGGCAGGAGCCGGCAUAGCUUGUACGGGCGGUGCCGAAGUGCGGAUGACCGGCGGGUGGUCAAACAUGAGAUGUGGUAGUGCUGGAAGGACCGGAUAUUUUUAGGCGGCUGCUAAAUCAUCCGCCUAGCCAGCCGUCCGAUCUGCCCCUGGUGGCCGUUCGAUCACGGCAACACAGCCCCACUCCAUGUCUUCCUCCUCUGAUCCCAUUUCACGAGAGAAACACAGCACCCAUUGUGGCACAUGUGUCGUGGGACCUCGCGGCACCGAGCCAUCGGCGAGCACUGCAACGCAGCUCCAAGAGCCGCCCGCGACCGCUACAUCGCCGACGGUCCUCCGGGAGCCCGGCGUGCAGCACCGGGACCACUGGCGUGCGGCUCCAUGGCAACACCAAGCGCGGCAAGAAAACUUCAAUGCACCGACGACGUCUCCGGUGAAGCUUCAUUGCAGCUCCAGCAGCACUCCAUUGCAGCCCCGGGCGGCGCUCCAUUGCAACUCUAGCACGCGACAAAAAGCUCCAACGCAGCACCGGUGGCGAGCAGCUCAGCCUCCUCCUGCGUGCUGCGUUGCAGCAUCGGCGCCCGCCUCCGGCCUUUGCACUGCGUUGCAACACCGGCGGUGAGCAGCCCAGCCUCCUCCUGCGUGCUGCGUGCAUCACUGGCGGCGAGCGGUGUCGCCCUCCUGCCUUCGUGCUGCGUUGCAACACCGGCUGUGAGGAUCAACAGCUGGUGGUUGCGACGCCCCUCAUUCGCGGCACCAACAGCAACUAAUUGUGCCGGGAUGCAGCAGGUGCUGGUUGCCGUCGUCCCUCCCGAUUCGCAGCAGUGGUGGCUGGUGGUCGGCGUUGCCAUGGAAGCCCUCCCCUCUCAGAUGUGAACAACGAGAGAUGGGGAAAGGAAAGAGACGAACGUGGAGAACGCGUGGAGGAGAGUGAAGGGAUAAGGCUGAGGGGAAGCGGUGGACUAGCCCACAAGGGCACGUGUCGAGCAGGGGACAAGGUUUACAAAAUGAGAGAUCAGUCGGUUGGAAAUAAACGUUUUUCAUAUUUUUAUCACUUGCUCUGUUCACCAUAUACACGACUGACAUGUGGGCUCACUUUUGUUGAGGUGUUUUUCUAAGAAAACUAUUAUAGAAAUGAGGGACACAAGUGUCUUUUCAUGUGCCAAUUAAUACCGUUUGCUGAAAAUAUGGAGGGUAGUGUUGGGAAGGAAAUUCGGAACCGAUGUCAAAUAGGGAAGAAAAUAAUUUUCAGAUCAAAUAGGAGAGACAUGCCUAACCCCUUUUAACAAACUGCUUGGGCUGAAGCAUUCCACUCAACCACCCAGAUCCAGAUCUAGAGACCACCAUGGCAGUAGAGUUGUUGACGCUCCCGGGUGAGCUCUUCGAAGAGAUCCUCCUCCGGCUUCCCCCCGAUGAGCCAGCCUGCCUCCUCCGUGCCUCCCUUGUUUGCAAGGCCUGGGGUUGCGCCGUCACCUGUCCCAGCCUCCGCCGUCGCCUCCACGAGCUCCAUCGUACAACCCCCGUGCUUGGCUUCCUGCACGACCGUCGCGACGAGAGCAUCUCAGACUUCAUCCCCACCACAAUAUCGUCCUUCUCACUCACCGUUCCAGACCGCCGGUGCUGGCGGGCCCUCAACUGCC